ACCGCGACUUGCUCUCGACGGUGACGCUGGACACCGCCACUACUCGACCCUACCUUCGCGAUGCGGCAUCCUCCUACAACAAAGACAACGUCGCAUAUUUGCGUGCGUCGGGGAAACUUAGGGUCGGCUGAAGUUCGGAUAUGGGCAGGUUCUGAGAUAGCAGGGCGUCGGAGCCCGCCGCCAGCAAAGCGGACGCUGCGUGUCGGCUUACCCACACAAGGUACUCAGCCCUGCAGAACGUGCCCUGCGACGAUCUACACCCUAUAAUCCAGACCACAAGCUCAUGAAGCGACUGGUCUCAAAAGACGUUGCGGACAGGGACGCGAACGCUGACCGAUCUGCUCCGCAUCGCCUAGAAUCAAACUCUACACUGGGCCCGCCUGUAAUGCCUCCGGAAUUGACGGACAGGAUCGUCGACUUUUUACAUGACGAUCAUGCCGCACUCAAGAGCUGCGGUCUGACAUGUCGUCCCUGGCUUUCCGCCGUCCGCUAUCACCUCUACUACGCCAUCAGCCUCGAAAACACACGCCUCUUCCGCGCAUUCUCAAGCUUGCUAAAUCGUACGCCCACUCUCGGGCAGUAUGUCCGGGAAAUACAUCUAGCGAUGACGGAGGAACUGCAGCGCAGCGACGCCUUGCCCAGCAUCGUGGCUCACCUGGGCAGGGUCAGGAGACUCGCCCUGAGCGGAGACAUCCUGACGGUAGACCAAGCCACAUUCGAGCGCUUUGGACCCGUACAGGAGCUUGCGCUCAACUUGUCUUCUUGUAAACUCAGCGAUGUCGCCGCUCUCUUCCUCGCAUUCCCUGGCAUCAGCGACUUGUCCAUCAAGAACACUACGUACCUAUAUGGUCCUUUGGAUCACGUACCGAUGCUACCCGUCACACGCCUGGAAUUGCAGCCGGCCCUUAAUCCUGGGUUGCUGCCUCCGUCGUCACCAAUGCUGGAGUCGUUGGUAUUGUCCAUUAGGCGGGUCGAAGACCUAAGGACCCUGAGCCACAUUCUUCGUACGGCGAUACGACAGCUGAAGCAGCUAGACUUGCAAAUACAUAUCACUGUGGCAGAACACCAGGCAAUAUUUUUGGACAGCCUGCGAAGAUGUCCCCAGUCCCUGACUGCCAUUCGACUCUCCACCAAGUCGGUGCAAUGUCUGGCAUGCAUAUUGGACAAUGUCGAUUCAACAUACAUGCUGGACGUUGCUUUGGACGUCGCCGUCGGCAGUAUGUACGGACUGAAGACACUGUCCGGGGUGCUCGCCAGGACCCGAUUCCGGAAAGCGUCGAGGAUCGUGGUCACACUGCGCUGUCCGCGACUAUUGAUCUAUUGUCCUCGCGACGAAGAAAUGACGAAGGCGUUGGUAGAGGAGGCGCUCCUAGAGGCAUAUAGGCGAAGGGUGUUGUCCGUGUUGAUCUACUAACACGACGUUCUGAGCAGAAUGCAAAACACGCAUAUAGAAGCCACAUGUCUCAACAAGACGCUUGCAAUCAUUUGCCCUAUAUAACUUAGGAUUGACGGUUCCGACUUCGAGUUGCUCACUGUAAUUACGCCUCGCAACCUCUAGACAACAUCGUCUUUCGCUUCCAGACGCUAUCUACUGUACCAAUACUGUACCUUCAUGUUUUGAUGUAGUUCGGGCUCCUCAUUCUUUGAUCGACAAUCACAUACCAACAUUCUAAGAGCA